GUGGAAAAAAACUCCUAAAAUGUAUUUCCGGUCUCCAACAGUAACUACUGUGCGUGAGUAUAGAAGUACUCGCUUUUUUGGUCUUUUCUAUGAAACCACUUGCAUUUUGUGGUUGUGCCAUUGACGUGCCAUGGAGGGUUCGGAUACAUAUCUCAUACGACCCAACUAUCAGCGCAAAUUCAAGCCUGCUGUUGUGAAGGAAUGCAUACACGAAAUAGUGAAGAAGCGCCUGGCCGAGGCGGAGUACGACCCAGAAGAAGCGUCAGAGCUUACCAGCAGUUUGGCAGACUGCAUUAAGGACAAAGUCAAGAGUUUGGGCUUUGACAGAUACAAGUUGGUUGUGCAGGUAACCAUUGGAGAACAGCGUGGGCAAGGAGUCAAGAUGUCUUCAAGGUGUUUAUGGGAUGCCGAUACAGACAACUACGCAGAAGAUGUUUUCAUGAAUGACUCCUUGUUCUGUGCUGUGGCGGUUUUUGGAAGCUAUUUCUACUAAGGAGCAAGGAGGCAGAGGGCAGGUGGAAACAACCAUUUUGAUUAUGUGUAGCCAUUUAUAGGGCAACUUAAUAUGGAAGCCUCUCUAUAAAGCAUUUUUUACACCCCUUUGAUUCUUCCAAACCAAUCAGCACAGAAAGGUAAAAAAAAAAGAAUGUAAUUGUCAUUGAUAUGUUAAUGAUUCAAACUAAAAAUGUACAGCCAUUGCUGCUGAGGUUGGAUGCAGUAAGGGUCAUUUGAAACAUCUUCAAAGAUCCCGAGGGUUAUGAAACAAAAAAGUCGAGUUGGAGACCCCAAAAAAAUCACUGACCCUGAGCAGCAGGAUCCAAUUGGCUGUCUGUUAAGACACGGGACCAUCCUCAACCCAAAUGAAUGUUGAUACUGGUGCCGAGUGCAGGCCAAUACCCAUCAGACGGCAUCUACAAGGGAAGGGUUUGAAGAACAAACAAACGUCUUCUAGGUCCUUUUCUCCCAUUACACAAAGUUACCCGUUUGGAAUUUGCAUGGAACAUUGAAAGGUGGAAGAAAGUUUUAUUGUCCCUUGAUGGCCAUGAUGGCUUCCAACGUUGCUGAUGUGGCAAGGAGAUCCCACCACCUGAGAUGUUCGCCAUAAAGUCACAGUGGAGGAGGCGCCGUCAUGAUCUGGGCAGCUUUUUACUUGCAAUGGAACUUCAGGUUGUGCCCGGGCGUCAAACGGCAGAUGCCAAUGUGGCGAUGUUGCAGGUGGCAUACCACAUGACUGAAGGCCCUCGUCUGUGUGGACUUCUUGCAGAAGACUAACCUCCUUCUUUUAGCGAUGCAUGGCAAGGGAUGUUCCAGACAGUGGAUGCCCUCCAUCUGAACCACUUGGAGCCACAUUUUCAUGAGCCUUCUGGAAACACUGGCAUUAAGAUGCCCAGACCAGUUUUUCAGGUGAUGAACAAGAACGGUACUGCUACUCAUUACUUUUAUAUCUAUUUGGGGGGGGUUACAGCUUUUUCUCAAGCUAUGGUUCUAAACGUUUCAUCAGCUGAUACAAUAA